GCAAUGGGCCAGAACUUCAGUGUUCCUUUGGGAUAUGAGCUGAAGUCUACCGACACCCUGAAGUGGAAGUUUAAAGAAACAGUAGUGUUUUAUAAAAAAUCCGGAAUAUUAAUUAUUGGGAAAGAAGAUGAUAUCAAUGCAAAUGGAUCGCUCCAACUGACUAAUCUAAAGAAGGACCAGACAGGAGUUUACACUCCACAGGUUUUUGAUCAAACUGGAAGAAAACAGGCCACAAAGAAAACACAUUUAUAUAUACUGGAUCCUGUGAAGAAGCCUAAAGUAAAUGCAACAUGUAAGGAUAAAACAGUGGUCUUUACAUGUGUUUCUAAUAAGCAACCUAACACUGCAGAAUAUGAAUGGCUACUGAACGGUGACACGAUGAAAAAAGAGAAAGGCUUGUCUCUUGAAGUGUAUGCUACAGAAACUGAAGCGGACAGAUUUGCCUGCAAAGUUUUCAACAAAGCCAGUUCUGAAACCAGCGAAUAUGUCAUUCAUACAUGUUCAAUUUGUGACCAGUUUGCUGCAAUGGGCCAGAACUUCAGUGUUCCUUUGGGAUAUGAACUGAAGUCUACCGACACCCUGAAGUGGAAGUUUAAAGAAACAGUAGUGUUUUAUAAAAAAUCCGGAAUAGUAAUUAUUGGGAAAAAAGAUGAUAUCAAUGCAAAUGGAUCCCUCCAACUGACUGACCUAAAGAAGAACCAGGCAGGAGUUUACACUCCACAGGUUUUUGAUCAAACUGGAAGAAAACAGGCCACAAAGAAAACACAUUUAUAUAUACUGGAUCCUGUGAACAAACCUACAAUACAUAUAACAUGUAAGGAUAUAAAAGUGAUUUUUACAUGCCUGUCUGAUAAGAAAUCUAGCGAUUUGGAAUACGAAUGGCUUCAGAAUGGUAACAAGUUGGAGAAGGAACAAGAUUCUACUCUUGGAAUGAAUGCUGCUGAAACCAAAGCAGACAAAUUUGCUUGCAAAAUUUUCAACCAUGCCAGUUCUGAAACCAGUGAGGCUGUCACCCAUAAAUGUUCAGGCGUGUCAGGAAUGAAGAUCUCAGUUUAUAAUGGCUGCAAAUUGGGUUUUAUUCUUGUAUUGAUCAUCACUGCCAUUGUGAGGUGUGUCAGAACUGAACGAACAAGCAAUAUUCGACUUAAGGCUGAGGAGGAGCUUCCUUUGGAGCAGAUCAAAGCAUCAUCCCCAUCUUCCUCAUAGAUAUCAUCAGUCUCAUCACCAUCAGCCAUUCAAUAAAUAAUCAUAUCCAUCAAUUCUUUGCACUCUCUCUGAUUUUAUGAAAGCCAUUCUGUAAAAUCCAGACAGACUUUGUGACAUCUGCAGAGGUUGGUAGUAAUUAGUUACAUUUAUUCAGAUACAUCUACAUUAAUAACUUUUUUGGGGGGAAAAAGGAACUUUAUAAGUAGUUUUACUUUAUUGUACUUUUAACUUUUACUACCUUUUGGUACUCAAGCCUUAUUGGUUAAAUUACUUGCUGUGUGUUGAUUAUGCUGCCAUAUAAAGGUCAAAUAAAGAUAUAGCAAACA